AUGUCUACAGCUCUUGAUACACAAAAGGUCAAGAAGGCCGGCUGGCUUAUAAAAGAAGGCGGCCGGUGGAAGAGUUGGAAACGAAGGUUUUUCAUCUUUGACCAGAAGACUCUUUCAUACUACAAAGACCAAUUAUUGAUGCAACAAAUGGGAGAAAUCCCAGUCAAGUUGGCGACUUGCAUCGAACCAGUUGGAAAGUAUAAAAAACACGACUUUGUAUUCAAAAUUGUGACACCGUCACGUACGUUUUAUAUCAACUGUAGUGAUCAAAACGAUUUAAAUGACUGGAUCGACUGCUUAAAGGAAUUGUCUGCAAGAGUCAACGUGUCUUUGGCAAAAAUACCGAAACAAACUGUGACUGAAGACGACUUUGAAAUCAUUUCGCUUGUUGGAAAGGGCGCGUUCGGCAAAGUAUUUUUAGUUAAAGAGAAGUCUACGGGGACAUUAUAUGCGAUGAAGGUGGUCACUAAAAAACAGGUGAUCGAGCAAAACGAAGUAGAACAUACCUUGACGGAGAAAAACAUUCUGGCAAAAGUGAAACACCCAUUCUUAGUCAAUUUAUAUUACUCAUUCCAAACCUCAUCUGCACUCCAUUAUGUCAUCGACUACUGCCCAGGUGGGGAGCUUUACGCACUGAUGCAAUCAUCAAAAACAUUUAAAGAACAAAGAGCCAAAUUUUACGCUGCACAAAUGGUGCUUGCCAUCGAACAUUUGCACAACCAAGGUGUCAUUUAUCGAGACAUCAAACCUGAAAAUAUUAUGGUGUGCGAAGAUGGAUAUAUCCGACUCACCGAUUUUGGUCUUUCAAAAACAGACGUCCCCGACGCAGCAAAGACGUCGACAUUCUGUGGUACUCCAGAAUAUUUGGCACCUGAGUUGGUAAUGAAUGUGCCUUACACCAAUUCGAUUGAUUGGUGGGGUCUUGGCAUAUUAAUAUAUGAAAUGCUGUUUGGAGCAGUGCCGUUCUUCUCGGAAGAUAUACAAGAACUUUACAGAAAUAUAUUGCACAAACAAGUGACAUUUCCUGCAAAUACAGAGAUCACACUGCAAUGCAGAGAUGUCAUUGAGCAUUUCUUACGAAAAAAGCCAGAGGAAAGGUUUGGUGACGUGGAGCAAAUUAAGGAACACUCGUGGUUUUCUGAUAUUAACUGGGAAGAACUUUUCUCGAAAAGAAUUGUUGCGCCGUACAUCCCUAAUUUGUCGUCACCAACCGACUUAAGUUGUUUUAACAAAAGCAUCACUUCAGAAGACAAAAAGAUCACAGGGGAGGCUGUGAGCAAUGAGGCAUUUAAGGACUUCACCUACAUCAACCACGAGCAACAAUAA